AUGAGGAAAGUAGGAAGUGCAGAAAUGUGGUUUGGGGAGAAAUGGAUCAUGAAUGUAGAGGAGGGGAAGGGAGCUCUGGUCUCAGAGAAAAGUGACAGUGAGCGGAGCAUGCAGGGAUAUGCACAAAGAGAAUAUUUCCCCAAAGCUAUUGGCUGGGAAAAUGAGAAGGGCUGGUUUUGUCCAGUGAGGUCAAGAUCAGUGGUUGCAUCAGCCUGGUUUGAAGGGUCAGAUCCAAUAACUACAACUAAUUCAUCAAGUGAACUUAUAUUCUCACUUCAAGAUGUGUCCCUUCCAAUUGAAAUAGUACCAGAAAAAUUUGAAUAUUUUUCCCCAGAAAGGCUCAACACUCCAAGUAAUGAAGGAGCAAUUGUGAUAUCACAUGAUGAAGGAAGAAAGUCUGAAACAGAAGCUUCUGAUACAAAAAUUUCUGAAAUUUCAACGGGUUCUUUGGACUAUAAAAGUCUCCAAGACCUAAAAAUAAUUGAAAGUGACACCCCCUUGCUGGAAUCUGGCUCUGAAAGAUGUGUGAUUGAUUCUGACUCUGAUAGAGGCAUUGGUUUGGACUCUGACUUGGAACAGCACUCAAAAGACUCUGAUUCAAUAAUAUGGGAAAUGGACUCAGACUCAGAAAAACGUCUCAUGGACUCAAACUCUGUGAAACAACUACAAGAAGCAGAAAAAUACCAGGUGGCUUCAAGUUCUAUGAAAGACCUGAUGGAGUCAGAGCAACAGCUAGUGGGAGUUGAACAAUGCCAGAUGGACUCUGACUCUUUUGAACACUGGAUGGACUCAGAUUCAGAAAAAUGUUUGGCAGACUCUGACUCUGAAAAAUAUGGGUUGAACUCAGACAGUGAAAGACCUGAGAUGGAUUCAGACUUAGAAAAAUCCCCUAUGGCUUCUGCAUCUGUGAAACACCCGCUAAAGGCAGAAAAAUGUCAAAUAGCUUCAGAUUCUGUAAAAAGCCUGAUGGAAUCUCCGAAAAUGUUGAUGGAGACCAAACAACACUGGAUGCUCUCUGCUUCUGAGAGGUAUGUGAUAGACUCAGACAUGGAUAGAGAUGAAAUGGACUCAGCUUCUGCAUCGUCAGUAUGUCUGAUGGGGGAAGAAAAACACCAGGAAAAGAUAAGAUCUAAGAGAUAUAUAAUGGAAUCUGAUUCUGAACCAUGUGAGAUGGACUCAGACUCAGAAAGAUAUGGGCUAGCCUCAACAGCUGUGAAAUGUGUCAUGGAUGCUAAAACAUUCCAGUUCAGCACUGAUACUGAGGGAUGCAGGAUGGAUUCUUGGUCAGAAAGACAUACGAAUGACUUAGAUUCUGAAAGCCCAGAGAUGGUCUCUGAUUCAGUGAAACACACAAUUAAGGCUGAAAAUUGCCAGAGGGCCUCUGACUUGGAAAGUUUAUGGAUGGGCCUCAGGUUUGAAUCUAAAAGAUGCUGGACUGACUCUGAAAGACAAAAAUUGAACUUUGACUAUGGUAGAUGUUGGGAUAGCUCUGGAAGAUAUCAAUUCAGGUCUGAAAGAAUUCAGCAUAGCUCUGGAAAAUGUAGGGAUGACCCUCAAAAACGUUGGGAUAGCUUUGAAAGACAUCAAAUAGACCCCAAUUCUGGAAAAUAUCUAGCAGAUUCUGAAAAUAAAAGACAUAAAAAUGAGUUUGAAAGUGAAAGACUUAUGAUGGAUAUGGCGAAGGAACAGUGUCUGAUAUUUGAAAAUAAGAGACUUCAAACAGAUGAAGACAAGAAAAGGUAUCUCAUAACAUCUGACAGUGAACAAGAGCACAAGAUUGUAUUUCACAAUGAAAGACACCCCGUUUACUCAGAAAAUGAAGCACAAAGGCUUGGUGCUCGCAAGAAGGAUAAUCGUCCUCAGGGUUUUUGGAGGCCUGUUUUCUUGUCAUCUCCAUUUAGCCAAAGAAAGAGAACUGAAGAACAAAAGUCUGUACAACAAAUUGAUAACAGAGAUGGAAGAGAUGCCAGGAUCAUGUGAACACAGAGAAAAGGCCAUGUGAGGACACAAAAAGAAGGUAGCCAUCUGGAAGCCGAAGAGAGAGACCAACCCUGCUCAUACCUUGAUCUUGGACUUCCAACCUUCAGAACUGUGAGAAAAUAAGUUUCUGUUGUUUCAGCUAUCCAGGUUGUGAUAUUUUCUUAUGGAAGCAGGAGCAGGAAUAAUGUCUAAAGUUCAGUUCCAAGUUGCUCAUUUUGCAUCAGUGUAAAGUCUCUCUUUUGCUCCAAAUUACUAAUAAAAGAUACUCUUCUAUACAUUGCUCAUGUAAGCACUUUGGGAUAAAAUCAAGGGAAAAAAAUAGAGUUUCUUCAGUGGCUGGGUAUCAAACAGAAAUAAAGAGAAAAACUGUUAGAGAGAUUAGUGAAAACAGGAACUCAAAAUCAGAUGUGAUUAUUAGACCAUAAUUCCCUGAAGAUUCAUGGAAAUUACAGGGAAAGCAUUGGGCUUCCUCACAAUAUGUGCUAGAAGACUUGUGCCAAAAUUAUGGAAAUCUCAAAGCACAGAUAUCAACUGACAUCUGGGUAGCAUAUGCAAAUUUCCCAGUAUAGUGUCUACAGUUUAAUAACCACCCAGAAAAUUGUGGUUUAUUUUCUCCUUCUUCUUAUCACUACUAAUGAGGACAGGUAGUUGUGUCUAUGAGUUGAAAUAAAACAAACUUUUCAAUAAGUUAUGCAUGGAUUAAUAUUCAGUCUAAUACUUUGUAAAGUCAUUAAUACUCUAGUGUUCAGAAAGAAAAUGAAACAUUAUCCAUAAAAAUAGUAAGACACAGGGACUCCAAAAAAAACCAGCAUAAACAUUUUGUAGAUUUUAUGGAAACUAGCAGAAGAAAAAAGAUACUUUUCCUUUUGACAUGGUAGUUGUAAACCCCAAUUUAGAAAUCAUUCAAAAGCCAUAAAGGUAAGCCCUGCCACUGAGAAAUUCUCUAGGAAUUUUCUUUUUUCAAUAGCACAGCUCUAUACACAGGGAAGAAGUAUGAGUGUACUUUUUUCUAAUUUGAAAGAGCAUGAAAUAUCUUGAAAAAUAAUAUUAAUUAAUCAUAUACAUUCAGAUUCAAGUGCAGCAACCAUGAAAGCACCACAUACAGAGGAAGUUAAUAACAUAUUCCAGAAGCCUCAGGUCUUCUUAAGAUUUCUUUUGAAUGAGAACCCAUGUGCAGUAUCUCAUGAACAAGGAUAGUCCCAGAUUUGAAAAAUGUUUCUUUACCAAGGCCUCAGAGAAUCACAGUCAGUAUGCCCAGAACCCCCCAAAAUAGUAUGGUAAUUGAGUGUUUCAUAAGAGCAUCGGUCCUCUUUGGGCAGUUAACAUGGACGUCAUUCAACACAUCCACCAUUUCAAAGGUUCUGCUUUCUCCCCAUC